AUGUCUACGGUAUCCAAGAAUGACUGGGAUUCGAAGGUCUAUCAAACAAAUGCCGGUUUCGUGCCAUUGCUAACCAGUGAUCUGCUAACUCUUGCAAAAAUCCAACCUGGCGAGAGUAUUUUUGAUCUUGGAUGUGGUGAUGGAAUCUUGACCGUGAAAUUGAUCACCGACUACAAGGCUUCCAAAGUCUUGGGUGUUGAUUCUGCUGCAUCGAUGAUUGAGAAGGCUCAACAAUUGAGCAACUCUCAGUCGUUGAAGAAUAUUGAAUGGGGAGUCCAUGAUUGUCAGGAUCUCGAAGCCAGCGGCUACGUGGCAGAAGGUCAAAAGUUUGAUGUUGUCUUUUCCAACGCUGCUAUACAUUGGAUGAAGUCUAAUCCUGCCGGCCCACCACGAGGUGCUUUUGCAUUGCUGAAACCUGGUGGAAGAUUUGUUGCUGAGUUGGGAGGCUUCACGAACGUUGCUUCAAUCCACUCUGCUCUGAUUGCAGCUGUGAAACGUCGUGGCCAAGACGGCGAAUCCCUUUCACCGUGGUAUUACCCCUCUGUCGGAGCAUACGCCAAACUCCUAAAGGAUGCUGGAUUUGAAGUCGAGACUAUUGGUCUCUUUCCACGACCAACCGACCUUCCAACAAAUGUUCGAGGCUGGUUAAAUACCUUUGUUGCUUCUGGUAGCUUUAUGACUCCAUUCAGUCCUCAAGAACGCGAAGAGAUCCUGAACGAGGUGGUAGAUCAAUUGAAACCUGUCCUUUGUGAUGAGACUGGGCAUUGGAUUGCAGACUAUGUCCGCUUGAGGUUUUCGGCUCGUAAACCACUGUAG